UCUUUAUUUUUUAUUUCUAUUAUAAACUAUCAAUGAAUGUGUACAAUGUGAUAUGGAAAAUAUGUAGUCCUCAUUUGUCGCUGAUUUUUUGAAUUAGAAUCGGAUUUUUGACAAAAGGAUGGAAACAAGUAAAAUAUGAAAAUGACCGUUUUACUCUACGAUUAUUGCGAGCUUGAAGAACGGACCUCCAAGCACCUAAGGCUAUGGAAAGCAUGGCACGCAAUAAUUUACUUCUUAGCUGCCACAUUGGGCAUAAUGAACUACACAUUUCUACAAAACACCAAAGAUUUGGUCGACGAUAACUGCGUAUUCUAUCCCCGCAAGCUAGAGUUUCAUUGGGUUCAACGUACAAAUUAUACUGAUGUUGAAACAACUGAUCAACUAAAUUUGACUGACGUGACGGGGAAUGAUACAAUAAAAAGUAUAACCAACGCAAGUACAAAAAACGAAGAUAACAUAGGAAAUAUAAAUUUAAAUGACAAUAAAUACUCUACAGAUGAUAAAACUACAGAUUUUAAUACAAAAGCAGUAAGUAAUUCUACUGAAGACGCUCAAAAUGUGACCGCCAGAGACGAUGAAGGUGACAAAGGUAGAGUUAGAAGAAACGCUCAAGAGUUUACGGAAAGUAGUAAUGUUACAACGUUGGAAAGCAGAAACGCCACUUUUUUAUACGGAAAUACAACCCAUAGACGAGUGUUAGACACAACUCGCACUUUAUUUGCUAAGGAUAGCGAAUGCCAAUUUGCUGAGUACAUGCCUCUACUGGCCACGGUGUUCGCUUUUGUAUGGGCUACGCUCUUCAUCGUAUGCCCUGGAGGCGGCCGUAGUAGAAGCGGAUUGCAGCAGCCUUGGCGAAUUCUGGUUCCAGCACUGGUGUUUUCUGUCGUGAUGGUUGGUCUGACCGGUCAUAGCUUCGUCAAGACCAACGGGGGCCUGCAAGCCUUUUGUACAGCCUUCUAUAACAACACUAAUGCAACAACUUGCUCAUCAGUCGAUCAACUGAUUGAAGACGCGUGGAACACAACGUGGGGAAUGGGAGGACGCAUAUCGGCCACGAGGGCCGCCUCGGCCGGAGUCUGGGCGCUGUGGGCCGUGGCUGCGGCGGUGCUGCUGGCACGCUGUCUCGCUGCGCCCGAUUUUGCUGUCAGGAAAACUGGAGUAUUCCUUGUGGAUCCAAAACAGAAAAUCAUACCCCAUCUUCGAAAAUCACCUCGACACUCGCAACGGUCCACAAACAGUUCACCCAACAAGAGAGACGUAGCCUCGGUGAAGUCUGAGCCCACGAUUACCACUGAGUUGGUGACUGCUUCUAUCGAACACGAGCCAAAGUCUGAACCCACCUCAUUGUACGUUUCACCUAUAAAAUUGGAAACUUCGCCGAAUAAAAAAGAUAGAGAAGAGGCUAUUGAAAUGACUUAUAGCCCGAGAGAACUGGACGAACAUCGCUGAAAGCUGAAGACUCGUGUGGCUAGAAUGGAAAAUGAACUAUGUUGUAUUUAGGUACAUGUUGCUUAAGUGAGCACGACUUACACCCUACAGUAUAGGUACAUAUUAUCACUUUUCGACAAAAUCCUGUGCGAACGACGAAAGUUUUCGAAUUUUUUCAAUAUAGAAUUGUAUACCUCUCGCUAGCGCCCGCUGUGGCAGUAGCCUAAAAUUGGACUCACGUAGAUGUCUAUGAAAUUAAAAAUUCCCUUUUUAGCUCACAACAUUACAAUCAUUGUUAUCAUGAUAAAGAAAACAUAUAAGUCAACGUAUAUUGCAUUUCUGAACAAUUUGUAAUAAAAAUACACAAUUUUAUUAUUAUAGGUUUUUAUUGACGUUACACAUUAAUUUUAAUAUUAAAACUAGAUACUUAUUAAGUUUAUACCUACUUAUUAAGUUUUAAUAAAGUUAACAAUUC